CGGCAGCGGGCCCGGCCCCCGGGAUGGCGAUGUUCCGCAGCCUAGUGGCCUCGGCCCAGCAGCGGCAGCCGCCGGCCGGGCCCGCAGGUGGCGACAGCGGCCUGGAGGCUCAGUACAGCUGCCCCAUCUGUCUGGAGGUCUACCACCGGCCGGUGGCCAUCGGCAGCUGCGGCCACACGUUCUGUGGGGAAUGCCUCCAGCCGUGCCUCCAGGUGCCAUCCCCUCUCUGCCCACUCUGCCGCCUGCCCUUUGACCCCAAGAAGGUGGACAAGGCCGCCCACGUGGAGAAGCAGCUCUCAUCCUACAAGGCGCCCUGCCGCGGCUGCAACAAGAAGGUUGUGAAAGACCUUUCCAUCCUAGCCUCUUGGUGUAUGUUGGACAUGGAGCUGUGUGGCGUCUACUCCCUUGGGAGGCCUGGCUGUGGCCGCCUCCUCCUUCCACUCCUUAAUGUAGCCCUGGCAAAGAUGCGAGUGCACGUCUCGUCCUGUGUGAAGGUCCAGGAGCAGAUGGCCAACUGCCCCAAGUUUGUCCCUGUGGUGCCCACAUCCCAGCCCAUCCCCAGCAACAUUCCCAACAGGUCCACCUUCACCUGCCCGUACUGCGGUGCCCGCAACCUAGACCAGCAGGAGCUGGUGAAGCACUGUGUGGAGAACCACCGCAGCGACCCCAACCGCGUGGUCUGCCCCAUCUGCUCGGCGAUGCCCUGGGGAGACCCCAGCUAUAAGAGCGCCAACUUCCUGCAGCAUCUCCUCCACCGACACAAGUUCUCCUACGACACCUUCGUGGACUACAGCAUCGAUGAGGAAGCUGCCUUCCAGGCUGCCCUGGCCCUGUCUCUCUCGGAGAACUGAAGGCCCAGCUCCCUCCCCACCCUGAGGUCAGCCACUCACCCUGCGCCUGAGGUCCAGCUCCUUCCCCAGCUCCUGAGUGGGCGUGCUGCUGUGAGCCAGGUGGAGACUCCAUAAGGCAUGAGGAGGCCGGCUGGCCGAGCUGCAGAGGCAGGAGAGCAGCCACCCCUCACCUCCCUGCAGCAUAGCUUAGGUCUGAGAGGCUUUGCAACCGAGCGGGUGCCCUCGAGGUGUGGCCAGGCAGGGCAGCCUGUGACCCUGGAGCAGGUAGCAUUGUUCGAAGCCGUGAGGACUCUGUGCACCCAAGGCCCUGCUGCUAAGUGGAGAGGGGGUCAGGGCAGAGCUGCUGAAGACCCCUGCUGCACCCUGCCGUCCUGGCCCACCCCGCCUUCACCUGCUCAUUUGGUACUGGCUUUUGUGAUACCUAGGAAUUCUGGCGUUUUUCUAUAUUAUCCAGCGUGAGAGUCUUUUCACAUUUUAUAGAGCAAAGAAAACGCAGUUACUCUUCAUAUUGCAAUAUCCGUGUUUGACUAGGAAUAAUAGUAUUUUUAUGAAACAUUUACAAGAUUAUAUUUUUUAAAAAAAACAAUGAAAAAUAACCAUUGUGUGGGAUUGGAGGAGGGGGAGAUCGAGCAGGAGCAAAAGCCAGCGGGGCCGGGGGCUCCACUCUUGCAUGUGUGAUGUGGUGGUGGCAGCUCCACGGGUCAGGUUCUGUCAAUUUCUCUCUCAAUAAUGACCAGGAAGAAACCCCAGGCCCCAGCCCACUUGCUGGUGGCUGCUGGGUCUGCAGACAGGGCAGGGUCUCCCAGAGAAACAGGAUGGCCUGGCCCGGGGUCCUGGCUUGGCAGAGGUGGGAAGGUGCCCCAUGGCUCCCUGUCCCUGCCCUGCCCCAGGCCAGAGGGGCAGAGUGCAGGAGGCUGGGGCCAGAAAACAUGUUUUAUGGCAUAAGUUAUUGCUGUCUCUUAAAAAAAACUUAAAUAAAAUGUUUCAGAGAA